GAACCGGAGUGGUUUCACCUUGGGUGCACGGCUCUGUGGAAAGGCACACGUUUUACUAUAGCUUGUAAUUUAGCUUUCAAAUGAACGAUCCGUGUCACUGUAGGACUGCAGCGCGUCUGACUGUUCGUCCAACAGGAUCAACAUGAAGCAGGACGUCAGGAUCCUGUUGCUGGGGGAGCCCAAGGUGGGGAAGACGUCCCUCAUCAUGUCUCUGGUGGGAGAGGAGUUCCCCGAGGAGGUUCCCCCCAGAGCUGAAGAGAUCACCAUCCCCGCUGACGUGACUCCAGAGAAGGUUCCCACACACAUAGUGGACUACUCAGAAAAAGAGCAGACGGAUGAAGUCCUCAGGAAAGAGAUCAUCAAGGCUAAUGUGGUGUGUGUGGUGUAUGACGUCACCAACGAGGAGACUAUAGACAAGAUCAAAACUAAAUGGAUCCCGUUGGUGAACGGCGACGCAGAGAAGGGGAACAAAGUUCCCAUCAUCCUCGUGGGAAACAAGUCUGAUCUGCGCUGUGGAAGCUCAAUGGAAACCAUUCUUCCCAUAAUGAAUCAGUUCUCUGAGAUCGAGACGUGUGUUGAGUGUUCUGCAAAGAACUUGAAAAACAUUUCGGAGCUGUUCUACUACGCACAGAAGGCCGUCCUCCACCCCACUGCCCCUCUCUACGACCCCGAGGACAAACAGCUGAAACAGCUGUGUGUCCGCGCCCUCAGCAGGAUAUUUUACAUUUCCGACCAGGACAAUGACCGUAUCCUCAGUGACGCUGAACUCAACCGCUUUCAGAAAUCUUGUUUUGGGAAUCCUCUGGCACCUCAAGCCUUGGAAGAUGUGAAGACAGUAGUCUGGAAGAACACCAAUGACGGCGUGCAGGACAACGGCCUGACCCUGAGCGGUUUCCUGUUCCUGAAUACGUUAUUCAUCCAGAGGGGCCGGCAUGAAACCACGUGGACUAUCCUCCGGAAGUUUGGUUAUGACGACAACCUGGAGCUGACCGAUGAUUACCUCUACCCCGAACUCCGAGUUUCUGCCGGCUGCACCACCGAGUUGAGUCACUCGGGUCACCAGUUCCUCCAGCGGCUGUUUGACAAGUACGAUGAAGACAAGGACUCGGCUCUGUCGCCGGCGGAGCUCGGCAACCUGUUCCUCGUGUGUCCGUACCCGCCGUGGGGGGCCGAGGUCUACCUGACGGUCCCCACCUCGGACCAGGGCUACAUCUCUAACCGCGGCUACCGCUGCCAGUGGACGCUCUCUGCGUACUUUGACAUCCACCGUUGCCUGGAGCACCUGGGCUACCUGGGCUACUCCAUCCUCACUGAGCAGGAGUCACAGACUGCCGCCAUCACAGUAACUCAGGAGAAAGAGGUGGAGCUGGAGAAACGCCAGACGCAGCGCUCGGUGUUCCUCUGCAAGGUGAUCGGGCCGCGGGGGACCGGCAAGACCACCUUCCUGCAGAGCUUUGUGGGCUGCAACGUUGGGAAUAAAAGACAUUCCAGCAGUGCCUUUUCCCCUUACGCCAUAAACACCGUCCAGGUCAGCAACCAGGAGAAGUACCUCAUCCUCAAUGAAGUGGAUGUGGAGGUGGACUUCCUGAAGGCGUCAGACGCCAGCUGUGAUGUUGCUUGUCUGAUGUACGACGCCAGUGACUCGCAUUCCUUUGACUAUUGUGCCAGUAUCUACAAGCAACACUUCAUGGAGAGCAACAUCCCAUGUGUGCUGGUCGCCUCCAAGGUGGACCUUCCUGAGGUCAAGCAGUCUCACGGGAUGACUCCAGCAGAGUUCUGUUAUAAACACCGACUGCCUCCACCUCUGCCCUUCUCCGGCCUGUUCCCCGACUCCACCGGCGGGGGCGUCUACAGCCGGCUGGCCUGGGCAGCGGUGUACCCACACCUGAAUGGUUCCAGCGUGAGCAGCUCGUCGUUCUGGCUCAGAGUGGCGUUGGGCUCGGCCGUGGUUGCCGUUCUCGGCUUUGCCGUCUUCAGAGCCGCCGUCAGACUGAAGUGAUCAACAAGCAGCGGAGCGUCUGUUUUUCUUUCAGCUGGCGCUCCGUCAUUGAAGACGCACCAUCAGAGACCAGAUUUGUUUUACCACCCCCCCCCUCCCAAAACAAGGCUCCAAGGAAUUCUUCAUAAUAUCUUCGCCCCGCUUCACUUUGUCUCUCGCUCUGAGUCGGCUGACAGGCGGCUGGAAGCUGCCGGUCCCGUUGUUCCCCGCGCUGCUGCGCUGGUUCGGCCUUACGUUGUCCGACCGGGUUAAGUCGGAGUUAGACAGUCUCGGUGCACCAAGAACUGUUCUCAUCCAAACCGGUGCUUUAUCAAAGGGUUGGAAAUGCAGCAAGUUCUUUCCGUCUGAUCUGUUUUCAAUAAUGUGUCGGGUUGCGUGAGCUUGGGGAGUUUUUAGAAACUAUACUGUGUUUCUUUAGCAAAAUGUAGAAAAAUGCCAAAUUGGCUCGACUGAAGAACCAAAGUUCAGCACAGGGUUCAUUUUUAACAAACAUCCCGACUGCUACUGAAUAUCUCCAAGGACCUUCUGGCCAUGCCACCUCAGUUACGAGAUAUUCUUAUCUGAUUUGCCAAAUAACUAUAGCUUCAAUGAGUCGUCGGCGCAUGUGAUUUGCCCCUGAUGUGGUGUUGAUCAGCGAGGCCGUCCUCCACUCAUCUGCUGUGGGUGUGAGAUGUGCAUGAAGAAGAAAGGUGGUUCGUUGUUUUUUUUGCAUCUGCCAAAAGUCUGAAAAUAUUUUAUCCGGUAAACCUUAAAUAUCUGGUCGAAUUAAUCCGUUUCUUUCUGUUCACGAAAUGGAACUCAUUGACUUUUGAUUUAGACAAAUGGAUUGAUGAUGUGUGAAUGCUCUCUUCAUAUAUUCAUAUACCUUCUUACAUGAUCUGCCAUUGCAUUGUUUUCCAACAUGACUCGUCAGGUUGUGUGUUGCUUUGUUGCCGGGGACCUGCUGUUUCUGCAGAAUACACUUCUGUGACUUUUAAAACAUGGCUGUUUUUAUUGAAGGAAUUGAACUGAUUUCACUGCUUAAUAAAAGACGUGACUGGAUGGGGAGCUUUUGCCCAAAAUACGUUAUGGAUGAAAGACGAA